CACGAGGACGUUGAACACGGAGGAACGAGGAAAACAGUUUUUCAUAUCGUGUCUCCCAACAAAUUCUGAGUGUGUCUCUCUUGAUUUUUCAUUUCUCAUAAAUAUAAUUUUUUUUAAAUCAAACUUACGCCAUUCAUCGGGAUUACAUAGAGUUCUUUUCUUCAAUAAAGUGGUGACUAAAUUAAAACUAUCAGUUUUUGGUAAAUUUUAAAAGAAGAUAUAGAGUUCAAAUCUCAGAAGAAACAUUUUAAAGUGAUACAAAGCGCGAGGAAUAAGAAAAGCCUAAGAAUAUUGCUUCGGCACAAACCACACGAGGCGAUAAAGUAAUUUUUAAAUAAAAAUUUGUAAUUUGUUGAACGAUAAAAAGGAAUUUAAUGAUGUGAUGCUAAAUGGAGGAGACUCUGGUGUAACAAGAGCGUGGAAAGAAGGCAAAUAGAUAGGAGAGUGUGUUAAUUUAGUGGAGUCUAUAAAAAUCGCAAAGUUGUACAAAGAGGAAUUUAAUUAGUGAAAAUAUAAUUAGAACCAGAAACAUUUUCCUCACCCUUUUCUAAAUCAGAACAGUUUGUUCUUUCUGUUUUGGGUAAAAAUAAAUAUGUUUUUUUUUUAUUAUUGUGUGAAAUCCUGUGGACCAAAUUUAUAGACAAUAAUUCAUUUUUUGCAUAAAACCUUAUUACUGAGUAUUUUAGUGACGACCAACACUUAGGCAUAUCCAUAUCUACCCCAGUAACAAAGAAAAAAAGAUUAAUUAUAUACAAGAAUUUGAAAUUGCGUGUAAAAAUCCAUGUAAUUCACACCAACACAUUUUUUUCGUGGUUAAAACGGAAAAUAUCAUUAAUUUUCUUAAAGUGCUUUGUGUAAAUUGUUCUCCCUCCAAAGACCUUUUGAUAAAAUAAAAAAAAGGAAAGCAGAAAACUGUCACAGGAAAAAAUUAUCACGAUCAAUAUUUACAAGUUUUCCUCGUAGUUUUUUUUAUUCUGUCCCACCCUCACCAAAGUAAAAAAAAAACUGAAUAAUACAAGCAGAGAAAACAGCGAAUGUGAAGUUUUAUACCCCAAUAUUGUGACCUAAAACAGUGCUUAUAUUAGUGACAUUAGGCAAAAAGAGAUUCCAAAGUCAAUUUAUCUAAUUAAUUAAUACAGAAAAGUAAAUAAAUCGAUUAAACACAUAAAAUUAAUCAAUAUCUGUCGCACAUUUAGUGAAUGUUUCUGCACAAUAAACAAACCAAAAGAAAAAGACAGAAAAUUAAUACACAUUGAAAAGGGCACAUAAAAUUAAUGUGAAUAUUUAGACUUGGAGCUGUGUUCAAUGCAAUUGUGACAUAUCAUUGUCGAAAAAAAUGUGCUUAUGAAAAUAUCAUUUCUCUGGCAUGAAAGUUUGAAGAGGAAACCGACAAAUAUUUCUCAUACUUAAACAACAACAAAAAAAAUCCAUUUUAUCGCAUAAAUUUAUCAAAUGAACGGAGGUGGAAAAGUCAAGCGGAAAAUGUGAAAGAGUGCGAGAAAAUGGUAAAUAUUUUAGGAAGGAAGCGACAAGAUAAAAAAAAUAUGAAUAACUAACUCUGAGUUUUGUAAAUUUAUUAUACGAUUUAUGAACCUCUAAAAUAGUGAUUCAACUGAUAAAAAAGGCACAAAAUUACGAAUACCAAAAAAAAACAAAAACGACCAAACUUCGUUUGUGUAUCCAGAAAGUGGACACGAGUCAUUAAUCAGAGAAAUAAUCGAGUUUAAGUGAUAAAAGCAAAAUAUCAACCAACAAAUUGAUUAGUGAAAAAGAUGUCUCUGCACAACGAGCCGGACAACUCAACCAAUUCCGGAUACGGAAGUGCUGACGAAACCGUCUCACUUCUCGUCAUAACGACUCCAGCCACAAAGACAACGACUACAGUAACUGUGACAACGACUUCCGCCAUCAUUGCCAAAGGGGCCUCCAUCAAUGGACCCACCACAAGCUCAGCUGCAGCCGGAAAGCCCGUCCUUAUGCGCCAGGAUCGCACCUCCACCUAUCUCACAAGUCCCCAGCUGUCACAGACAAUGGGUGGCUCGGAGGAGAGUGGAGGAAAUGAUGAGGAGCCCGAAAUCUCACAGAUUCGCUCUGUACCGGAUCUCGAGCUUCAGUGUCGCCUGGAAGCACCUGUGAUCUCAGUUUCAAUGACCAAUGCAGCUCAUGAGCACCGUGGUUCUGUCAGUGGCUACCAGUUGGCACCACAUUCGCGCUGCCGUGCCUGCCGCACAUGCGAGCGACGCGCCUCGACUACGGCUCCUGUGUCUUCGCUACACCUUGCUCGAUCGGCGUCUAAGGAGAGUGUGCGCAGUGUUCUCCACGGGACGCAUUUGGCGCCAGCUGGUAUGGCUGUUGGCGGUGGUAGUCCUGGCUACAUUCAUCAGCAUUCAGCCUCUGUGCCACCGGUAUUCAUCACGACAUCCCCAAAUUCGGGAUCACGUAUCAUUCGCCAGAGUUCGCAACCAGAGGCCAGCACUGCAGCUGUUGUGUGCUGUGGUGGCCACACGUGCAUCCACCCACACUCUGUGCCCACGUCGUCGUUGCGGCAGUUGCGGGAGCCCGCAGCAGAGGGCAUUGCAGGUAUUGCCGCCGACUCACUGCGAAUCAAUGGCGCCAUGAGGCCAUUCAAACAGGGUGUUCUGCUGUGUCCCCAAACUCUGUCGCAAAGCAGACGUACGCGUCUACGACGCGCCUUCACCGAGGCUACCAGCGAUACCAUGCAAUAUGUUAGAACGCUCCGGAAACCUGUGUCCACGUUGUCGAUUCCAGGCUCCAUGAAGACACCGUGUGCCGGAAAUCGGGAAACCGUAACGGCUGCAUGCAACGAAGAGGCCGGCAUCGCACUCGUAGGAGUUCAUUCCGAAUACCCCAGGUACAUGGAGGAGCGAGGCCUAGGUGGCGGCUUAAUUAAAGGGUCUAGUGUGACUUCUGGUACGGGAACACAAAAGCACAAACCAAAUGUUGGAUAUCGUUUGGGACGGCGGAAAGCACUCUUCGAGAAGAGGAAACGAAUCAGUGACUAUGCUCUAGUGAUGGGCAUGUUUGGCAUUAUCGUGAUGGUGAUCGAAAAUGAAUUGAGUAGUGCUGGCAUAUACACAAAAGCGACAUUUUACUCAACAGCAUUAAAAACAUUAAUAUCCGUAUCGACUGUGAUCCUUCUUGGUCUUAUCGUAGCCUAUCAUGCUUUGGAAGUUCAGUUAUUUAUGAUUGAUAAUUGUGCGGACGACUGGCGAAUAGCGAUGACCUGGCAACGUAUGAGUCAAAUAACAUUAGAGUUAUGUAUAUGUGCAGUGCAUCCCAUUCCUGGCCAAUACUAUUUCCUGUGGACAACCAAGUUAGCCAAUAAGAACAAGGCAAUUGGCACAGAACUAGUGCCAUAUGAUGUAGCACUAUCAUUGCCAAUGUUCCUCCGUUUGUACCUGAUAUGUCGUGUUAUGCUGUUACAUUCAAAACUAUUUACGGACGCUUCAUCGCGUAGCAUAGGAGCAUUGAAUCGAAUUAAUUUUAAUACAAGGUUCGUUUUAAAAACUUUAAUGACAAUAUGUCCCGGAACCGUUCUACUUGUAUUUAUGGUUUCACUAUGGAUAAUAGCGUCGUGGACAUUGCGACAGUGUGAGAGAUUUCACGAUCCGGACAAUUUUGCAAAUUUGCUGAAUAGUAUGUGGUUGAUUGCGAUAACGUUCUUAAGUGUUGGAUUUGGUGAUAUUGUGCCUAAUACGUACUGUGGGCGAGGAAUUGCCGUCAGUACAGGAAUCAUGGGUGCCGGUUGUACAGCUCUUCUAGUUGCAGUUGUUUCCAGAAAGUUGGAAUUAACUAGAGCUGAAAAGCAUGUACACAAUUUUAUGAUGGAUACUCAACUCACGAAGAGGCUGAAAAACGCUGCAGCGAAUGUUCUUCGUGAGACUUGGCUAAUUUACAAACACACAAGACUGGUUAAACGGGUAAAUCCUGGCCGAGUAAGAACACACCAACGGAAGUUUCUACUCGCUAUUUAUGCACUGCGAAAAGUAAAAAUGGACCAACGAAAAUUAAUGGACAACGCCAACACAAUUACAGAUAUGGCAAAGACACAAAACACAGUGUACGAAAUUGUUUCGGACAUGUCAUCGCGCCAAGACGCCGUCGAGGAGAGACUGUCAAGCCUUGAAGAUAAAUUGCAGAGUCUGCAGGAACAAAUAGAAUCUCUGCCUGAACUUCUGACACGGUGCCUGAGCCAACAUCAGGAAAGGGUGGAUCAGAGGAGAAACUUCCUGCAUCCGGAUGCUGCAGCCACGGCGUCUUCGUCCAAUUUGCCAACUCCAGGACCACCUCUCGGAUCACCAUUUCCACAUUCGAGGAGUGUCCCAGCGGCUGCCACAACACCCGCAUAUCCGUGGCCAGCCAGUCCCAUUCUGCCUCCCAUCUCCAGUCGUACCCCGCAUCUGGUGCCGGAAACCCUAGUGCCCACCACAGCGGGUGGUGCUACAUCACAGGACGUCACAGCGACGAUGACCACGAGUCACCAGCCAGACAGGAGUAGUAGCUGAAUCGAAGCCAGGUCAGAGCAGCGGCAGUCAUCUUCAGAUGCCUCCGACUCCUCACUUCGUGAUGUCGCUACCACUAAAUUUACUAAGCGCCGUGAACGAGCGACUCGUGUGUGAAGUGGAUACCAGACACCCCCGCAGUUGUAGGUAAAUAAGCUUUCUCAUUGUACAUAACCUCCUGCCUCAAAUUGUUAAAGCAGCGAGAAACAAUUUCUAGGGUAUCGAACUUGUAUUUAGUGCACUGUACAGAGACCAUGCAUAUAGGAAUAUAUAAAACGAGAAAAUCCACUAAACACCACAUUUCUAAAUAAAAACCGAGAGAAACCAAUAAUACUGGCCGGGUGGAAGUUACCUGGGCAGAAAUGUAAACACAGACCUUUUGAAAUCAGAAAGCUUUCCUUUUAGACGCAACACCAUGGGCUGAUGUAUAGAGACUAUAGGAUUACUUUAGGGUUUUUUUUCUGUGUUGUAAAUCACUUCAUCUCAUCCGUUUCUCCUUUUUUUCCACUGAUAUCUGAGGGGUGGUCUAGUUCAAAUCUUUCAAAUCCAAACAUUUAUUUAGGGCUCUGAUACUCCAUCAUUCUCUUGAAAUUCAAAUGCUGAUCAAAUAUAGUUCAAUGAGGUUUCUAAAAUCUUAGGAAAUGCUAUUUCUUUUGCAUGUAUUUGAUAUUGUUAGUGGCGCCAUCUCUAAGCUACAUUUAGAUUCAAGAAAGUUUCCAAUUAAAACUACUAUUAAUUUAUUUGACAUUGAUGAAAAUGAAAAAUUUAAUAAAACCUCUAUCUCUUUUUGAUGGGCUUUAAACCGAAUUAUUCGAUUUACAAUAAUGCUCAUAUUAACUUUAUUAUCUCAAUACAAUUUGUCAAUACAAAUCGAAUAGCUAAUGACUUUAAUUAAAUAGCUGCGAAUUGGUAAAUUCUAUUUUGAUAGGGUAACAAAAGCACUCAUAGUUGAUCUGUUUCAAUAUAAAUGAUAUUGAACUGCUAUUGAAAUUUAUUGAAGCUAGAAAUUAAUUUAAUUAUGCACUGGAAACUUUAAUUGGACUUGGAUCUUAAGAUUUCUGAUGUUUCUGUUUAUAAUAUUUCUAUCCCUAUAAUACUUUACGUAAUUAUUUGUCUGCUUUUAAAUUUGGUAAAGUAAUUUUAAAUAUAAUAUUAAUCAUUCUUGUGGAAGAAAAGGUUUCCUGAAGCACCGCAAGUGAUGCUUCCAUCGAAUUUUCUUCUAAUGUAAAGCUUUAUUAAAGAACUUUACCAAAAAAUUAUUAAAGUUUCAUAGGAUUCAAUUUUCAUUUCAAAUAUAUUUUCAAUUUUAUUUCAUAUUGAUUUUUCGUAAUUGCACUGGGGUAAUUUCCCUUCACAGAAGUAUCCCAAAUGCUUUCCUAAAUGAAAAUAGCAUAAUUAUAUCGAUUCGAAAUAAUUAGUUUCGCUCCCUUUAAAAAAGAAUAAAAAUGUUCAUUUGCAUUUAUAAUUAAAAUCACGUUGAUUCAAUUAAACUUAUUAUGCACUAAUAGAAUUUAAUGGGUCUUUUACUUCGUGCAGUCAGGUGAACUGUCGCACGAGAUUAACAUGUAUAUUUAAUUAACAAAGUUCAAUUGUUGCGCUUUAUUAAAUAAACGUUAAACCACAAUUUUGUUAAUUACUUUGAGAGAGAGAGAGAGAUGGAUGCAUUGGAGCCAAAAAGCCUGCAUGGAUUGAAUACUGGAACACCCAUCCCUCCUUAAAAGGUCCAUCCUCAAUCACAAUACAUUUCUCAUGUGAAAGCCUGGGUGUAGGAUGAUUUUGUAAUUAAUCUUAGUGGAAUAAAAAGGGGUCAUUUGGGAUAGGUUGUUACAACAAUGUCAUUUUAAUUACAACGUGAUUUUACAUGUGGACAAAUCCUCAUGAGACAUCUCCAAAGACAUUUGUAGACGGAUUUAUCGAGACAGCAAACAUUGAGUAGCAUUUCUAAAUUAGCUGAAUGGAUUUUAACAAAUUAAAAAAAAAAUAAAAGUUGUAGCACGAAAAGACAAGAGAGUUUCAUAUAUAAAAUGUUUUUUAACAAUAUACACAUUAACGAGUUUUUCAAACUCAUAAAAUUGAGCACUGGAAAGUUUGGACAACUUUAAUAUAAUGCCAUUGCAAUUUUCCGAUUGAUCAAUCGGUUGAAAAACAUACCAAUUGGCUCAAAAGUCAAUCAGUUAAAUUAUUUCCAAUUAAAGAAAUCAAUAUCAUAAUUUUAGCAUGGAAUAAAUAACUUUAUUUAGUAUUAUUUUGAGCCUGAGUUUCUUCCAAAUUUUCAGAAGAUAUCCAAUAUUCGAAUUUGGAAAGAAAGAAAUUUGGACCAGAAUAUUAUUUAAUAAAGAUCCAUAAUUGUUUUUUUAAUAUAUAAUAUAAAUUACAUUGCAUUAAAGCUCAGCUUAUUUUUAAAAAUUGUGAAGAAAUAGCGUUAUCAGUAUAGCACCACCUCCCCCUAUACAGAAGACUUAAAGAAACUUCUAACAAUUCUUACAUAAGCUUUUCAAACCAAAAAGAAAGUGUAGAAAGUUUUAAGGAAGUUUAAAAGAAACUUUCAAAACUUGAAUAAAAUUUCCAACAAAGGAAUAUUAGGAGUAUUAGUAAUAUUCUGAACGUUUGAAUAGUACUUAUUUCAAAACGAAAAAUAUUACAAGUGUCGAAAGUGUUAUGGAACAAACUUUUAAUACUUUAAUUGGGUUUCUAAACGAAAGUUUUAAGAAGUCUUAGAAAAUGGAAUACUAAAAGAAACUUCCUAUACUUUUUUUCAAGCGAAAAAUCUUUGAAGAAUUAAAAUUUUUAUAAUUUGAAAAAAAUGCUAAAUAAUAUUCUUAUUAUAAUUCUAAAAUAUCGUUAGGUCACAGUAGAGGAGACUGAGGCAGAAUUAGACGGCAAAUGAAAUUUUUCAUCGCAUAUAGGGGAAAGUGACCAUGCUUGAUACGAUCCAAGCUUGAUAAUAACUGUUUAUUUUCUAUGUUAAUCAAUAGUUAUGACUCAUAGCAAUAUAUUUUAAUAGCUGGUGCUAAGCCUCACAUUUCCUAAAAAAAUUAGGAUCCUAGCUCUUUUUUCCUAGUUUCAGGAAGCAAAAAUCAAAAAUAGGCCCAAAACUGUAAUUUCGAUACAUGAUAUUUCAUAAGUAUUUCUUAAUUAAUGUCGCUGUACAGGAAAACUACUAUCAUAGGCACAUAGAGAGUUCAUCAAUACUAAUAUUUAUGUAAAAAUAUUUUUAAUUGGUGGACACUGUUUUUGUGGGUGGUAACAAAUUCAUAAAUUCUACUUGUGUCCAUCCUAUAUUUUAAGAAGGGUCCAUGAAUGAUAAUUCUAAUGUGGCAACUAUAUCAUUAGAUGUGAUUAUUUCAUAAUUACACCUAUUGUAAUCCGCCAAUUUUAUCGACAAUUGACAUAAUCUUCAACCCUGUUGCCUGAAUUUUAAAGUUGCAGAAUGACAUUUUCAUGGACUCAAAGUGAAAAAAUGGUUUUCACUAGCGCCCUAAUGUCAUAAAAACAUGGCUUAGAAAAAUUACAUAAAAGUGAUUUUAAAACUAAUAACCAGUCAUAUAAACGAUUUAAGCAGAUAGAUUAGAGUUCCGUCUAAAUAUUGAUGUGCAAUUUUUUGUAUCCGGUGAAUUUUUUGCCGUGAAAAUGGGCCUCCGAAUUGUCGAAUCAAUUAUUAUACAGGAAGGCCCCGGACCCAACUUGUAUAAAAAUCGCUACUGAAUUUCCAUUUUCUUCUUGAGGAAAAUCUAAGGAUUUCCAGGAAUUAUUUGAGGUUGGAUUAUGAACCUAAUAUGUAAGUGAGACAUUUUUUUGUCAUAGUGCAAGAAUCGCUUCGGUUUGUGUGUUAAUCAGAAAGUAAUCACAAACCUUGAACAUCAUUUUACAGUAUCAAGCAUGGUCACUUUCCCCUACAGGUUGAGCCAAUUGAAGUGUAACCAUCUCCAGGGCCCUAUAACUUUCAUAUUAGUAGUCGCAGCGCCUUUAUAUUUUGCAUAAUGAUAGUUUAUUUUAUUUGGUAUUUGGUAAUUUAAGUGGAAUUGCUAAUUGUUCAACAUUCUAUUAUUCGGAUAUAACUCCCUUGUGUCCUAGUUUUCCUAAUGUAGUGGCUGAAGGACCAGUUUUAACCCAAUUUUAUACAAUUUUGCUCCAUUUUUGGUUUUUCGGUUUUGAUCUAAAGUGAGUAUAUACGCGGCUACCAAUGCGCUAACCUUUUUAUACCUAAAAUAUCAUGUAAGAUGUUAAAUAUCACAUAGUAUCUUUGUGAUCUUAGCCAACUUCCUUAAUUUGAUAAAAACUUUGUCAUUUUAAACUGGAAUUCCUCUGGAAAAUUUCAAGAUCGGUAAUAUCCCCCUUCUUCGUCUCAAUCGAUUAGCUCUUUCGAAUUUAGCAAUUGGCAAUGGAAUGAUAUUAGAAGUGCCUAACCAUUCCAGUGUUCAGCUUUAAAAAUCUGAAAGAUGUAACACCAUUUCUUAACAAGGAAAUCGAGGAGUUUAGUGAGAAAAGUAAAAAAAAAAUUAAAAUACAAAAACAGCCAGGAUAAACCAGAAACAAACUUUAAUAUUUAGACAUUUUUUGUAUUUCUUUUUCAUUUUGUUUUAAUUUUUUUUUUUCAUAAAUUAGAAUAAAACAGAAAAAACGAUCUUUUACACAUAUUUUAGAGAAAACAAAAGAAAUGGCGACAUUAAAUAUUUCAAAAAUAUAAAUUGUAUAAAUUAUCUUUAGGUACACCCAAGUGAGAAAUUGUCCAAGACAAACUUCUUGCGAAUCGCAGAAAAGCUUUACGUUUAUAUAUGAUAAAAAUGAGAAAAACUGAACAUAGUGAAAUGGAUGCGCGAAAAUUGUAGAGAAAAUAUUGAUUGUAUGAGAUAUAGUAAUAGCGUAAACACUAUAAGUAGGGGAAACUGGGGCACCACCAAACACGGGGUACCACCAAACAGUAAUUUUUAUUUCUAAACUACUUGAACUAUCUCAACCAUUCCUUCAGUGCACAAGCAUCCCUAUAGUGCCUACAAAUUCCUAUCGGUCUUAUCCUCUGAUAUCCAAUACCCGAUUAAAAAAUCGCAGUGUUUGGUGGUACCCCGUGUUUGGUGGUGCCCCAGUUUCCCCUAUAUAUUUAAAGUGAAUGACAACAGUUUAUUAAACAAUUAAACAUCACCCAGACAACAUUUUAGUGAAUGGAUUGAGUGUGAGAAUUAUUUAUUGUUUUAGAGUAAAUAAACAAUGAGGUUUUUUGGUAAAGGAGGUGCGAAAAUAAUGAGAAAAUAGGGUGCCUGCAUAAUGCUAAGACAUACCAAAAAGAUAAUUAGGAAUUGUAGAGCAAAUUUUUUGCUUCAUUUUUCCUCAGUAUUUUUCCCCUGUGUUCCAAUUAAUUUCAGAAACAGAUCCGCAAAGUUCUCUUAUCAAUGAAAAAUCAUUCAUUUAUAAAUUUCUCUUUAGCAGAAAAAAAUAAUUAUUUGAAAAUGUCACCUUUCUUUUACUAACUGCCACUGAAGGUUAUGGGAAAAAUUAAAUUGAAAAAGAAAUGACUAUUAUUAUUCCUUCCAUUCAAUUGGCAAAUUCCUCUCUACAAUUUUUCCUUGAACCUGCCACAGUAAUUUUCCCUCCAAGUGGCUCUUUUGAAAAAUAAUAUUUCUUCUGUUCCUUCUUCCUUUUAGCGAUUUCAUCUUUUUUUUGUUUCACUGCUGAAAACCCUUUCGAGUGCACUGAAAUAUGAAAAAGCGAAUCCUAAAGGUUUUUUUUCUCGAGCAAAUCUUCGCGGUAAAAAAUGAUAUUAUUGCAAUUUGCAAUAUUGCAAUUUUAUCCUUUAGAGAUAUAGAAAUACUAAAAUUGAAUAGAUAUGCAAAAAAAAAGUUUAAAAAGAAACAUAAAACAGUCGUCAAAUGCUGUGAGAUUUAGUAUAAAAGAAAAUAAUAGUGACAGAGAGAAAAUCUCAAAAGUAGCAUGAAAAACGUGUUACUCUAAAAAAUACAAGACAUUGUAAUAAAGCGUCGUGUUAUCCACAAAUGAACAAUGCAAAAUCAUAAGAGAUAAAAAUAUUAACAUAUUUAUAUUUCGAUAUUUCCUUAUAUUCGAUGUAGACCCAAAAAAAAAUUAUAGAAAAUUUUAAAAUUGAAGAUUCUCUUAAAUGUUUCCAAAUAAAAAUUCGUUGUUUCGUAUUUAAAAAAAAAUUGUCAGUCUAAGGAUCGUUUCAAUGUUUCUCAACAGGUAAUCAAACAAAAUAACCAAAAAGAAUGGUAAUCUGGGACGUAAUAAUUUUAUCACAAUUUUCCGGCGUUUCACUUUUUUUAAAAAGAAAAACUCAUAGCAAAAAAAAUAAAAGAAAGAGGGUUUGAAUAGCAGAAACAUGUUAAAAAAAAAACUGACGCACAAAACUUAACAAAAAUUGAUCUUUCUAACUUAAGUCUAAAAAGAAUUGUAGCAAAACAAACUCAAUAGACGGUUUCCACAACGUUUUCACCUACAAAGAGAAAAUUAACAAAUUAGAAGAAAAACCAAGAAUAUUGAUCUAAACUCGAGACGUUUUGUCUUUUGGGAAGACCUGCAAUCUUCGAUGUAGUUCCGUGGGAUUCCCUGAGAAUACUGGCAAGUGAUUCUCUGUAGAUUUUGCUUGAGGUUCCAAUUAAGUGUCUGCAGCGACACCGUGGAAUUCACUCAAGUGAUUUAUCAUCAUAAUAUGUUGAAUGAUGACACACUGACUUAUUCAAUCCCAUUGAAUUCCAACAUACUCGUGUUGAUCGAUAGCACAUGACAAAAACAGGAAACUCUCAUGAUUUUCACUUAAUCCCCUUUUCUCUGAUUACUCCGUGACCUCUAACACACCAUUAGCCGACAAGGUGCUUCGAUAACAUUUAUUUGAUUUUAAUUUGUUUAUUUCAAUUUCUACAAAAAAUCACUAAAUAAUUUUUAAUCUAUAGAAAAAUCAUGCAAUUUUUAAACGAUUUCGAAGAAGAUAAAAGAAUAUAGGAAAAACUGUAGCGGCAGUAAACACGGGGUAAUUGUAAACGGGAUAUGGAAACUUCGUAUUUUACAUUUCGUAUUUUACAUGUUCGUAUUGCACAUUUCGUAUUGCGGAAACUUCGUAUUCUUACAAAAUGUAUGAAAGACGAAAUGUGAAAUACGAAAUGGUAAAAUACGAAAUGUAUGUACUAGAAUAUUCUGUGGGGACACUUCCGGUAAUCGCCAGUGGAAAUUCAUUUCACCUCAAGAAGAAAAACAAAUUUUCUGUCUUGCAAAAAACUUUCGUUCCUAAGCUUUUGGACCGAAAGCUCUGGGCAAGACAGAAAAUUUGUUUUUCUUCUUGAGGUGAAAUAAAUUUCCACUGGCGAUUACCGGAAGUGUCCCCACAGAAUAUCCAUCACGCCAGCUCAUUAUUCAACAAUGUACUAGAAUACGAAGUUUCCGCAAUACGAAAUGUACAAUACGAAGAUGUAAAAUACGAAACGUGAAAUACGAAGUUUCCGCAAACCAUUGUAAACACUGCGAUUUUUUAAAUUAAAUGUUGGACUUCAGAAGACGAGACCUUUAUAAAUCCUGAAGGAAUAACCUAACGAAAUGAUGAACAUAAGUUCUUGUAGUGCAGACAUAAAUACCUGUGUUUACAACUACCCCAUUUUUUACUGCCUUAGGGCAGAAUCACAUUGACAAUAGAAUGCUCACCGUAGCCAUACAGCCAUAAUUUACGCAUUUUCAUUGGAAUUCUUACGCAAAUUUUCCAUUACCGUAUUACCUUAUCUCAUACUCGGUGGCACUAGGUGAAAAUAAUAUUUUAAAAAAAUUAAGAAAUAAAACGAAAAUGCGAUAAACAGUGAGCAAAAAAAACUGUAAGAGAAAUUAAUCUUACAAUUUUUUACUGUUUUCAGUUUAUAGCAUUUUCGUUUCAUUUCUUAAUUUUUUUCUUAUAUUAUUUUCACCUAGUGCCACCGAGUAUGAGAUAAGGUAAUACGAUAAUCGAGAAAUUGCAUGAGAAUUGCAAUGAAAUACGGUGAGUAUUUUACUGUCAAUGUGAUUAUGCCUUUAAUUUCCCUUAUGUCGUUCUCAUAUGAGUUGUUUGUUUUUUAUUUUUAAAUGAUUUUUUUUUAAAAAUAAUAAAAUAUAAUUUUAUUAUGUUCAAAUAAUGCGAAAUCAGAAUUUCAUUCUGAGCAAGUUCUUGAGUAAAUAAAAAUAUUUUUUUUUACUAAACUCCGCCUACAGAUAAAUUUAAGUCACGCCCCCUGGGUAGAUUUUUGGCCAAUUAGAGUUGAAAGUGUGGAUUUUCUUAAAGCCUGCUUGCAGUUCACUUCUACAUGACUCUAUCAAACUAAAAAACAUUCUUUCCGAAUACUAUCUUGUUUAACUAUUUAAAUAAAACAUUGCAAAUAAAUAUAUUAAAUGAGACCGGGGCAAAAUUAGUCAGCAAAUGAAAUUUUUUACUACCUAUAAUUUGUGGAAAAAUGUUUGUGUCAGCCUGAUAAAGAUUUUCAAUGAAUAGAACAGGAGGUGUUUAAGUUCUAAACAAUAACAUCCCAUUGACUAAAUCUAUUUACUCCUGGAUAAAUCUGCCCCGUUCUCUCCUGUUAGUUUUUGUUUGUAUCACUUCUUAUUCGUUUGCAGCGACUCUUAAAAAUAAACUAGCUCUGUGAUAAAAGUCUUAGAGACUUUAUACAAACAUAAACUCUAAAUUUCAGUUAUAAAUUUUUUAUAAAAAAGAUUAGACAAAAGGCUUCUAAAAAGUAUUUUGUAUUUAAGUAAUUGUGUAAUACAGGUUUCAGACUGGAAGUUUAGCCUAGAUCUCAACGGUUUCGAAAUCCUAAUACCUAAGGAUUUAUGACUUUUUAUCUAAUAUAUCAUCGACUCUUAAUAUUCAAUCCCAAAUCAAAAUUUUCUAAAAAAAAAUCUUUUGUAAGAAAUUAUAGAGAAGUUAAUGUGCUGUGUACACACUUAGCCACAUUUAAGCCAUAUAUCGGUUUAAGUCGUAAGUUUGCGCAGCCCAUAAGCCUCAUAUGGCUAAACUGUAGGUCAGAAGCCUGUAUCUGAACGUUUUUAUCAGUGGACUACUGUUUUUCUUUUCAAAGCCACAGUAAUUGAUCAAGAAGUGACACAAGCGAGCUUUGAGCUUUAAGAAUAUAUGGUUCUAUAAUAUUUUAUUUAAAGAAUUCAUCAGAACUUUGUGGCAAAGAAGGGGCCUCAGUGAAUCAGUGGAUAGAGUAGUGGAUCCAUGACUGUGAGGUCUCGGGUUCGAUACUGGGCAGCUGCAAAAUUUUCAGCUAUUGUACUAUUAGUCUCGAAUUCGUCCAGUGAAUGAAUGGAAAAGUAAUGCCAAUGCAUUGAGACGAUGCAUUGGCACAAUUUUGACAACAAUUUUAAAAGAGUUAUCAAUUUUUUAAUUUUUUUUUUUUUGGCUACAAUUUUAAAAGAGAGGUUGGUAUAGGAAACAAGUUUCGACAUGCAGAGUUCAGUCGAAUACAAAUACACAUUCACUGCCCAGAUCCACAAACCGAGGCUGGUUUACCGUGAUAGAAAGCGGUACUGUGUGUAUCAGAACGCACACAGAGCACUGUGAUAUAGAACGGGUUUACCCGCCUUGGGGAUUAAGAUAGAACAGGAGAAUGGGGUGUGCAUAAUGGGCCCAAAAAAGUGACCUGUGUGCAGUAUUUCCGAAAGGAAUAUAACCGACCCAUAGACAAAUCUUAAUCUUAAUCUUGUGUCAAGGAAAAUAUUUCUUAUUUUUUUUCUCUUAUAUUAUAAAACAGAAACCAAAAUUUUAAAUGUGACCUGUUAACAACUAGGUAUAAUUUGUUAAUAUACGACAGCUAUUUUGCUUCAUCCUAAAUCACCAAGGCUUGUUUAAUCGGACUUUGAGUCUAGAGAGCCUUACUUACAUAAAAAAUAGACCACACCCUUAAGACUUGUUAAAAAAACAGAAGCGGAAGUACUAUUUUAAAACAUUAUUUUUAAUUACCAAUUCCUUUGUCCAGAUUCUCAACGAUACAAAACAGCAGGGAUGCAUCCAAAGAAAGUUUUUGGGAAAUCCUCAGUGGAAAAGAAUUAAGUUUCCUUAACCUUAUAUGCAUCUAAAAGCUAUUAUGAUAGACAAAAAAAGACAAAA